ACAAAAGCACAAGCGAAAAAAGAGAGAAGGCUGGCGCUGACGGACAACAAAAGCAGAAAUGGACUCUACGAACGCAUCCUCUGCGCCUACAGCUGUGACAGGGAAGGGAGACGAUGGAGACAACAACCCUGCAGCUACCCCGACGCCCGCGGGCACUCCGAGUGGAGCGACCUCGACGAAGGAGCCAGUGCUGUCAACCCACUACCACGUCCGCCGUAUUGACGGCUCGUGGCACGUGGGAGAGGUCAUCCAGAAAAGAAACAACCUGGAGAACGGACUCACGGAGUACUACGUCCACUACAAAGACAUGAACCGGCGUAUGGAUGAAUGGGUGACUGUGGAGAGGGUUGACGUGGAACGGGGACCGGUGGAGGAGACUCCCAAGGACUCUGACCUCAUGUUGGAGUCGCUAAACGGGAGGGAGAGGAAAGUGACUCGUAACUUGAAGAGGAAACAUGACGAAAUCAACCAUGUCCAGAAGUCGUAUGAGGACAUGGACCCGACCACGGCAGCCCUGGAGAAGGAGCACGAAGCCCUCACUAAAGUCAAGUACAUCGACAAGAUCCAGAUCGGUCGCUACGAGAUCGACGCCUGGUAUUUCUCCCCCUACCCGGAUGAGUACGGGAAGGUAUCGCGACUGUGGAUAUGCGAGUACUGCCUCAAGUAUAUGAAGUACGAGGCGACGUUCAGGAGACAUCUGGGAGAGUGUACGUGGGGCCAGCCGCCCGGCAGAGAGAUAUAUCGCAAGGGUACAAUAUCAGUGUUUGAAGUGAAUGGAAGCGACCACAAAGUGUACUGCCAGAACCUCUGUCUAAUGGCCAAGCUAUUCCUCGACCACAAGACUCUCUACUUCGAUGUGGAGCCAUUCCUCUUCUACAUCCUCACCGAGGUGGACAAGAAAGGCUGCCACAUCGUCGGGUACUUCUCAAAGGAGAAGGAGAGUCCAGAGAGUAACAACGUGGCCUGCAUCCUCACCCUCCCUCCCUACCAGAGAAAGGGAUACGGCAAGUUCCUCAUCGCACUCUCCUACGAACUAUCCAAGAUAGAGGUGAUGGUGGGGUCACCAGAGAAGCCGCUGUCAGACCUGGGGAAACUGAGUUACCGCAGCUACUGGACGUGGGUUCUUCUGGACAUUCUCAAAGACGCCCAGGGAACCGUCUCCAUCAAAGACCUCAGCCACCAGACGAGCAUCACAGCAGAAGACAUCAUCAGCACCCUGCAGGCUCUCAACAUGGUCAAGUACUGGAAGGGACAGCACAUCGUCUGUGUCACUGGCAAAAUCAUUGAGGAGCACAUGAGGAGUGCAGAGUACAGGAAGCCUCAGCUGACAGUGGACGGGGAGUACUUGAGGUGGAACCCUCACACCAAGAGACACAGAACAAACACUCACAAGAAACACUGACUCUCAUAUUCUCUCACCUUCUGUCAUUAUCAUACAUGUUGCCAGCAGUCGAUCAACUAAAAGUGUGGUUCAUGAAGGGGUUACAAUACUGGCCCAGUCUCUGGUCUGGUGUCAGAACUCAAGCACUGAGAGCAACUCCCAGACACACCAGGAUCAAUUUUUUCACAUGCAGGGGAACCGCACACAAAAUUGCACAUGUAGCUCA